GAAGUUUGAGAUCACGCUCAAAACAACUUGACACUGCUGUUAUCAGAGUAGUGGGUUCCUGGAAAGUGUGUGAAUCUUUAUUUAAUUUGGGACUUUCUUUCUUUGUUGUUGUGUUAGGAUUCGUGAGAGUAGCGGAGGUUGUUCAAAGAGAUGCAGGGUGGGGCGUAUUCUUAACUGGACGUUGAAAAACGUUACGACCUCUCCCGUCCGGUUGUUAUGGAGCAGCCACCUGGGAGUGUAGAUGAUCUACAGCCUCAAGACCUCUCCACCUCCAGCAUCGCCACUGUGAUCGACCUGACCAGGAAAGGCGAGGAAUGUGUCCUCAACGCCACGUCCCUCGACGCCCUCCGGAUGGUCAAGAGCCCCGGCUGGUACCCAAACUCCGGAAGCAGCAACCCCGGAUUACCGUUCUCAGAGACCAGCUCCUCGGACAUCACACUCCAAUCAGGGGAUCAAAUUCAACCAGACAAUGCCUUAUCCCACACUACAGUCACCCUCUCCUACGUGAGCAGGUCUUGCGUCUUCUCCACUCACGACUCCCUGUCUCAGCAUUCGCCUCUGUGUGGUGUGCCGCCCAUCAGCAAGUUGUCCCUCCACCCUCCUUGUGACUCAGAUGAAGGGCUUACAGAGACUGGCUGUACACUCAACCAGCAUUACUUGGAGCAGGUUGACAGGCCUGUGGACCUCAUCACUCAGACAGAACCUUUUCAGUCAGUGUCUCGGGCGCAAGUAGACCCAGAAAGCGAUGGGGGUGUACGUCAAACAAAGGAACCUCAUGACAUCAACGGUGGAGUUAGUUGCAGAGACGAGAAUGUGGACGAUCAUAUAGGUGGCAAAGAGGAGCACAGCCUCUCUCAAGAAAACAGUACUGUGCUGGAGAAUGGUCAGGGUGAUAGCUUGUCGAGUUCAGGACGAUGUGCUGAAUCCUCACCGGAAAACCUCACCCCUGUCACAGGGGAGGAUGAGGAGAGGGGAGGCUCUGAGGUACUUUUUCUCAUGUCUAAGAAACCUGAACCAGCGGUCAUCCCGGACAGCUUGGUUGUUAGAGAUCUGUGUUCACUGAGCAGGGAGUUCAUCAGUCCCCUGGAGGACCCCGUCUCCCCUGCCACUACCUCACGAGACGAUGUGGAAGAUGUGUUCGUCCUGCCUCAGGCCUCCAGCUCACCCAGCGGCGACAACUCUUAUCUGGAGGCAGCUGAUGAGCUUGCGUGCGAUGGCUUGAGUACAGAAGGGGCCAUUCACCCUGGAUCUGGCAUCAGUGAUAACACCACGAAGUUAGAUGCAAGCAACGAAAAUAAGCAGCCUUUCCAAAGACGGAAGGCAGUGUUGGAGCCUUUGAUCGACUUAACAGAUGACGUUUGUGUGUCAGAUGUUUCGGAAAAUAAACCCAAGACUGUCAUUCCUCACAUGAAUGGGAAUGCAAAGGCACUACAGAGAACUUUAAAAGAAAAGAAACUGCCAGUGCGUUCCGGCAGGGGCACGCGGUUAGAGGCUAUAGUUAUGAACAUAAAUUCAAGCAGAUAUAAAGUGUCAGGGUGCAUACGUACUAAUACGAAAUCAAAUGCUUCCCCGUCGACAGCUAGUCAUUCCAAGUUAGCCUGUGCUAAGAAGAAUGACGCCCUGUCUGUGGGAAAAAGGACAAGAAGAGCGGAAGCGUCUUUUUCGGUGAAGACAAUGAAACAAAAAGCAGUAAUUCCAGUGAAAAGGGGUAAAACUAAUGACAUUAACACUGACAGUUGCAAAGACUCUACCUCUGAUUCUGAAAUCAAUAAUUCUAAAAAGUCACAUAGCAGCACACCUCCAAAAAGCCCUCAGUUUGCCCUGCACAAAAACUCCAUAAAGGAGCCAGAGCAGCUUUCUCAUUCCGACCCCUCGGUGGAAAUUCAUGUGGCAGGUUUCUCCGCACCACCAUCAAAAUCUCCAAAGAAAAGCCAAGGCAAAGCCAAAGGCAAGGCUACAGGUAGCAAAAUGUCUCCAGCUGCCAAGUCGAAGGGGGCUCGCACUCCCAAGAGCAGGCGAAAGAAACACAAACGGAGCCAGUCUUCCUCCAUGUUCUCCCCCAAGGAGCCGGAGAUCAAGUUGAGGUAUGUCAACUAUAAGGAGGAGAAAAGGGACUUGAGGUUGGACAGUUUCUCUCCAUUCAUCCGUGUGGAGCGUCAGCAGUCAUCGCCAUCACUGUGUACUGUAAUCAACUAUCCCGAGGAGUUAAGGACACAACACAAGAAAGGUCAGCAGGCUCACCCAGGUGGCUUUAUUUCUGCAAUCGUACCCAGCACUUCCUGUCUGCAGCUGGGUCGGGCGUCCACGCACAGCCAGCACCAGCGCUCUCUAGUCUGCUGCCUCUGUGGGUUGUCGGCCAAUGCAAUGGACUUGGGGGACCUUCAUGGUCCUUAUUACCCUGAAGGGUACCAGCCAAGUCCCAAAACACCAGCCGGCGUAUCAGGCCUCAAAGAGGACGAAGAUGACUACAGCGAUUCAGACUCUUCGUCCUACACUAUCAGGAGCAGGGAAAGGAAACGUGCCUUUCCACACGCACCACGGCCCCUCAGGCCAGGAGCACAGCUGAAGGAGAAGGGCCUCCUGGUGAGUCAACGGUGGACCGGUGACAGCACCGGCAGCCCAGCAGCUAAGCGGGUUCGGUCAGACGCUGGUUCUGCCCAUGUGGAGGACUGGUACAGCCCCCCAGUGCUGCCCCUGGAGCCCUGUGAAUACUGGCUCCACGAAGACUGCGGCAUCUGGUCCGCAGGCGUCUUCCUUGUGAAAGGCAAAGUCUACGGGCUGGAGGAGGCUGUCAAGGUGGCCCAGGAGACGAUGUGCUCGGCUUGCCGCGACCCGGGUGCCACGCUGGGCUGCUUCUUUAAGAGCUGUCCCAACAAGUACCACUACAGGUGUGCUCUGGAGUCAGAUUGUGUCCUCAUUGAAGAAAAUUUCUCCAUGAAGUGUAAAAAGCACAAGAACAAGACUUUCAAAGCCCCUCCAGGGAACAGAUGGGAUGACAGGUGACAAAGUUAGCUCAUGAGAUGUUUACCUGGAACAUCCUGCAGGGGCUCUCCUUCCCCUUCUGCUGGUAACCAUAGCAACCACGGACCAGGGUUCUUCUGACUGACAGCUAGCACCCAUAAACCUUAACUUCUCCCUCUGCUCUUCAGCUGCACUGUUCACACCCGACACUGUGACUGGAGGAGCCCAGUCACCGAAUCCUGCCUGAGUGCAGUCUGACGGUACCCAUCAGACACCAGUUAACACCUACAGACUGAGGAAACCUACUCUCAACAUCACAUAAAGUAACAUUUGUGUUAUCACUUUGUAGUUAUUUAUAUGGAUUUUUUUUUUCCUGGAUUAAAUAUGAAUAACAAUCAAAGAUAUUUAAUUUUUUAAAGAUUUUCUAAGUAUUUGAUUUAUAUUCGGUUUAUUUAUUCCUGGAGUUUUCUUAUUGGCUUCUAUAGCUGUUCUCAAAGAGGUUUGACUGUGUGUUGUUGUUUUUUUUUUUGUUUGUUUUGUUUUUUUUUAAGUUAUUUGCUAAAACAGACUCAGUGCUGAAAUAUAAAGCCAGACAAGGAGAUCGUUUUUAUUUAAAUGAUGGGAGAGACAAAGGGCUGGACACUUACAGAACAAGGUACCUGAUUGAACACCGUUUUGGAUCAGAACAUAUGGCAUUAAAGAUUUGUGCAACUGAGAGCGGCCCAUGGGGCACGUGUCAUUUCCACCCAAAUGACAGCCGCACUGAACAUUGGGCCCAGUUGAUGUUACUGAGGAGGACUGAACAGUGUGUGUUUGAAUGUAUUCUCCCCAUGUGAGGGGGUUUUGCAGGAAGCACUUUGGAGUGGCGCUGAACUCGUGUGCUCCUCUGCUCCGGCCGCAGUAUUACCUUCUUCAGCUGACAUGAUAGUAACCUUUCCCUCAAGCUCACUCACGUGGCUCUGUGAGGGUCACAGGUCGUCCUGUGAACUUUAAGAGACGCAUCUAACCAUCAGGGUGAGACCGUGUGAUUUUAUUUGACUGAAAGCACUUUGGCCUCCCGCUUCAGGCUGGGAGAAUUUAAACGUGCCCAUGUUGUGUUCGUCUGCACGGCCCUUAAAUCAGUUGAUAUUUUAAUAGAAUUCCUAUCCUGUUUGUUGAGAAAGCUGUUACGGGGAUUCCUUUCGAUGCAAGUCAUCUGCCGUUUACUUGGACUGUAGGAGCUGCAAUAAUUUCUUGCUGUUCACUUUUCAGAAUUUUGCAGCACAGUAUUCACAUUGGCUUCGAGACACUUAAGUUUAAGAAGGAUGUGUGUUUGCAGAUUUCUGUGCUGAGAAUCUUUGGUUUACAUCAAUCCUAAUUUCAAUAGGCCAUGCUAUUAUUAAGAUUCCUGCUAUAAGAUUUUAACUCUUGAUUUUAUCUCUUGGCCUAAAUGGUGAGUUUCCACCAUAACCUUUCUGAAAAAGCCUUAUCUGACACGCAAGAGGUAUAUACAGUGCUUUUUUCUAUUCUCACUAGCUUGUGGUGCAACGACAAAUCAGUGGAUGUACGUCACCCUUCUUUGGACAUCCUGAUGACUGAAGGCAGCUUGCAUGCACUUUUCUGCUGCACACUUUGUUGUUAUUAAUACCAGGGGCAUGGUAGGCCAUUUGCUAAUGAACCCUCCGACCACGCAGGUACACACUGACUCUCUGGGACUUUUUAAACCAUGUACUGAGAUUAGUUCCCGGUGUAUUAGUAUCUGUUGAAUCAGGUGAUGAGGUCAGGGCUGUGGCCUGUCAGCCUUCCUGCCAGUUUGUUUGUUAGAGAACAGUCUCUGUGUGAUCAGUGUUGGUGUAACGUCUCAUGUACUUUUGCAUAGCGCCACUAGGGGCAGCAUUGUGCUGUCUGAGACCAAUGUGUGAGGUCCAGUAAGCCAUGCUUCAUGUCGCACCAGCAGCAGGACACACACACACACAUACACACAUACAUCAGUCUCCCUAUCCUAGAACACCACAUCUGUUUUGUUUGUGCCAACCUUUUGUUCAUUUUAUAUUUUGUUGCAGUGAUUUUCCUUUUCUUUUUAUAUCAGCAGGUGUAAGCCAAAAAUUUUCACUGCAUUUCUUUAUUUAUUUUUUUUUUUUAAUUACAGGAAGUUGUUUGCAUUGUACCAAAUACAGCUUUUGGAGUAUGUUUUAUUCUUCCAAAAUGUUUGGAUUUUUUUUUUUUUUAAAUUUGUCCAUGUGUUAAUCUCAGGGCUGAAUCUCAGAUAUUCUAAUGAUUUGAAUUUUAUUUUGUGAUUAUUAGUUUUUCUCUUGUCUUUUUUUGUGUUAACCCCACAUUGACUGGAGCAAUGAUGCAUGUAGCAGGAUGUGGUUAUCUCCUCAAGAUGCAAAGCCUUUUGUCCUGGUACGCACUAUUCAUCACAUUCCAACACCUCCUCCAUGUGUCUGUCAGUGCUGUGGUGUUUUUAGGUUUAACAUGGGAUUAGGACUGCCAACUCGUGUCACUUUUUUUCAUGGUUCUUACGUUAUGGCAACAUUUUUUUUUUCUUUUUUUGUACCGUCUUGGUCACCUCUCGGAGCAUCAGAGGUCUUGUAAUUGUCAAAAAUAAAUAUUUUGUUCAAUGUUGUGGUUUUCCUAA